GCCGGGGCGCGGGUGAACGCGCAGUGCUCGGCCGGCUGCACCCCUCUCCACGCGGCCGCUGCCCGGGGGCUGCUCCCGCUGCUCCGGCUGCUGCUCCGGAGCGGAGCCGACUGCGGCCUCCGGAACGGCCACAACGAGACCGCCAUGGCGCUGGCCCGCGACCGCCAGCGGCCUCGGCCUCCAUGGUCCUCUCUGGUGUCUGGGCAGGGCCUGAGCGCGGGGGCGGCAGCCGAGCGGCUGCUCCGGGACGGCCCCAACGAGCUGCGGCCUCCACGCGGGACCCCCGAGUGCCUCAAGUUCGCCCGGCAGCUGGCUGGCGGCCUCCAGUGCCUCAUGUGGGUGGCGGCCGCCAUCUGCCUCAUCGCCUUCGGCAUCCAGAGCGGCCAGGGGGACCUCACGAGCGCCGACGACCUGUACUUGGCCAUCGCCCUCAUCGCCGUGGUCGUCGUCACCGGCUGCUUCGGCUACUACCAGGAGUUCAAGAGCACCAACAUCAUCGCCAGCUUCAAGAACCUGGUGCCGCAGCAAGCCACGGUGAUCCGCGAGGGCCACAAGGAGCAGAUCGACGCCGACCGCAUCGUGGUGGGCGACGUGGUGGAGAUCAAGGGUGGCGACCGCGUYCCCGCCGACAUCCGCAUCCUCAGUGCCCAGGGCUGCAAGGUGGACAACUCGUCACUGACGGGGGAGUCGGAGCCGCAGAGCCGCUCGCCCGAGUGCACCCACGAGUCGCCGCUGGAGAGCCGCAACGUGGCCUUCUUCUCCACCAUGUGCCUCGAAGGCACAGCCACGGGCCUGGUGAUCAACACGGGCGACCGGACCAUCAUUGGGCGCAUCGCGUCGCUGGCGUCGGGCGUGGGCAACGAGAAGACGCCCAUYGCGGUGGAGAUCGAGCACUUCGUGGACAUCAUCGCCGGCCUGGCCCUGCUCUUCGGCGGCACCUUCUUCACCGUGGCCAUGCUCAUCGGCUACCCCUUCCUGCGCGCUAUGGUCUUCUUCAUGGCCAUCGUGGUGGCCUACGUGCCCGAGGGGCUGCUGGCCACCGUCACCGUGUGCCUGUCGCUGACGGCCAAGCGCCUGGCGAGCAAGAACUGCGUGGUGAAGAACCUGGAGGCCGUGGAGACGCUGGGCUCCACCUCCACCAUCUGCUCCGACAAGACGGGCACCCUCACGCAGAACCGCAUGACCGUGGCCCACCUGUGGUUCGACAACCAGAUCCACGCGGCCGACACCACCGAGGACCAGUCGGGGCAGAGCUUCGACCAAUCGUCGGAGACCUGGCGGGCUCUUAGCCGCAUCAUCACCCUCUGCAACCGGGCGGUCUUCAAGCCCGGCCAGGAGAACGUCCCCGUGGCCAAGCGUGACGUCAUCGGGGACGCAUCAGAGACGGCGCUGCUCAAGUUCGCGGAGGUGACGGUCGGGAACGUGGCCGAGCGCCGGAGCGGCUGCCCCAAACUGUGCGAGGUGCCCUUCACCUCGGCCAACAAGUUCCAGGUGUCGGUGCACGCGGCCGGCGAGCGGCUGCUGCUGGUGCUCAAGGGUGCCCCCGAGCGGGUGCUCGAGCGCUGCCGCAGCGUCCUGCUCAAGGGCCAGGAGCUGCCGCUCGACCAGCAGUGGCGCGAGGCCUUCGAGGGCGCCUACGCCGAGCUGGGCGGCCGCGGCGAGCGCGUCCUGGGUGAGCGCGGGGUGCUCCCGGAGCAGCUGCCCGGCGACGGCCUCUGCUUCGUGGGCCUCGUCUCCAUGAUCGACCCGCCCCGGGCCUCCGUCCCGGCCGCUGUGCGCAAGUGCCGCACCGCCGGCAUCCGGGUGAUCAUGGUGACCGGCGACCACCCCAUCACGGCCAAGGCCAUCGCGGCCUCCGUGGGCAUCAUCUCGGAGGGCAGCGAGACCCCCGAGGACAUCGCGGCGCGGCUGCGCCUGCCCCUCGAGCAGGUCGACCCCAGACAGGCGCGGGCGCGGGUGCUGACGGGCGCGCAGCUGCAGGACAUGGAGGCCACGGCGCUGGUCGGGGCGCUCCGGAGUCACCCCGAGAUCGUCUUCGCCAGGACCUCCCCCCAGCAGAAGCUGCUCAUCGUGGAGAGCUGCCAGCGCCUGGGCGCCAUCGUGGCGGUCACGGGCGACGGCGUGAACGACUCGCCGGCGCUCAAGAAGGCCGACAUCGGCGUGGCCAUGGGCAUCGCCGGCUCCGACGUCUCCAAGCAGGCGGCCGACAUGAUCCUGCUCGACGACAACUUCGCCUCCAUCGUCACCGGCGUGGAGCAGGGCCGCCUCAUCUUCGACAACCUCAAGAAGUCGAUCGCCUACACGCUGACCAAGAACAUCCCCGAGCUGACGCCCUACCUGGUCUACAUCACGGCCAGCGUCCCCCUGCCCCUGGGCUGCAUCACCAUCCUCUUCAUCGAGCUCUGCACCGACAUUUUCCCCUCGGUGUCCCUGGCCUACGAACGCGCCGAGAGCGACAUCAUGCACCUGAAGCCGCGGAACCCCCGGCGGGACCGGCUGGUCAACGAGCCCCUGGCCGCCUACUCCUACUUCCAGAUAGGCGCCAUCCAGUCCUUCGCCGGCUUCGUGGACUACUUCGUGGCGCUGGCGCAGGAGGGCUGGUGGCCGCCGCUGGUGCUGGGGCUGCGGCCGCGCUGGGAGGACAUCCACGAGCAGGAGCUGCAGGACAGCUACGGGCAGCAGUGGACGUUCGCGCAGCGCCUGCGGCAGCAGUACACCUGCUACACCGUCUUCUUCAUCAGCAUCGAGAUGUGCCAGAUCGCCGACGUGCUGAUCCGCAAGACGCGGCGCCUCUCGCUGCUGCAGCAGGGGCUGCUGCGGAACCACAUCCUGGUCAUCGCCAUCGUCUUCCAGGUCUCCAUCGGCUGCUUCCUCUGCUACUGCCCCGGCAUGCCCUACAUCUUCAACUUCAUGCCCAUCCGGUUCCAGUGGUGGCUGGUGCCGAUGCCCUUCGGCCUCCUCAUCCUCUUCUACGACGAGGUCCGGAAGCUGGGAGUGCGGCGGCACCCGGGCAGCUGGUGGGACCGCGAGCUCUACUACUGA